CCUCACAGUUUCUUUCUUCCGAGCCUUUCCAGAAGGCAGAAUCUGAUCUGGAUUAUAUUCAACACAGACUGGAGUUUGAAAUAAUGAAGAGUCUUCCUGAUGAUCCAGCAGCAGAGGAAAAUCCAAUUGCCCUCUUGGAAGAAAUCUCAGUGGUGAAAUCUCGUUAUAAACUGUUAUGUAUGCAACUGGAACAAAUUUACAUAGAGCAGAGAGAGUCCGUGAAGGCCAUCCGUGCUGCUCUAGGGGACACAGUGAAGGUGGUUCAGUGCUCACCUCUGUCAGAAGAAGAACAGACUGCAGCACAGCAGUUAACCUGCCAAACUGCUGAAGAAAUGGAAUCGCUAGCGGAAGAGGUUGGAUUCGCAAGUGACUGUUCCCAGUUUGAAGUAGCACAGAAAUUUUUGCUAAAUAGUUUGCUUUUGUCUUACAGAGCAGCAGUGAGUGUUUCACAGAUGAACAAGACGAAUGUGAAAGCCACUGACUCAAGAACAGGAAUCUUGAAAGAACUGGCUAUUGGGGAACUUGCCAAACAAGGAAACGUUGAAUUAGUUGUAUAAAUGUAAGCUCAGUCCGUUCUCAUUUGACACACAAGCAUCUUGGUCAUAGCUCCUGGAUUAUUAGCAAGCAAGUAUUUCUGUUGUGUCUAGGAGUUACAAGGCCACUGUUGGAAAGCUGUUUAAUGUUUCUGUAUACAAAUUCUCUUUAUAAUACUUAAAAUCGCAGAGUUAAAAAACACUGAGGUUGGUAUUUUAGCUUGGAUAUUUGUAGGACUAUAGUUGAUGCGUUUUGGAAGAGUAUCGUUAGCCACGUGACACUUCCAUACUCUUGCUUACAUUCCUGAGUGGGUUUUUUAACACAAAUAACCCAAGCCACUUAAUUGUACUUACAUUCCUGAAUAAAUGAUGAAAGCUAAGGAGACGAG